AUGUAUCGCUCGUCAAUAGUGUAUCAAGCUCAAGAAGAGUUUCACCUAGUAGAUCUUGAUGAAACCGUAUUUUCAGGUGAUGUUGUUUUAAGCAAGGUUCAAGAAUCGCAGCCAAACGUGUUUGUUGCACACCUUGAUGACGAUGGUCCUCGUUUCAACAGCACUUGCGGGCUUUAUGUAAACCCACUGGAAAUCCACUACAACAACAUAUACUGGCAGAUGCAGAAAUCAGGAAACGAGUCAUAUUAUCUUUAUGGUGCUUACUUCGAUGACAGACCAAAAGCAGUUGGGAGGAUAAUUCGUAUCAUCGGAAUGAUAGAUCAAUACCAAACUUCAGUAAAUGCUUUCUGUCUCAUGUGGUUUGGGAAUGAUACUCCAGCUAUUUCAAGAGUUUUACAUUCCCAGUUCAUGUGGUACGAGGAGUGGGGAUACAUGAAUCAGGCGCUAUUUCCAUAUGUGUUCAGCUGCGAAAUUCCCACAGAAUAUGAAAAUCGAGUGCCAGAUUCAGUCUCAUUCGUUGGUCAUCCCUGCGAUCGAGCUACCAAUAACCUUAAAUUAGUGUACAAUCCAUCAUCAAAGGAGGAUAAAAAGGAUUUUUUUGUUUGCGUUAAAGGACUAAAUUUCGCUCACAACGCAAAAAUAGCCAUUCGACUUGUUGAGUGGAUCGAAUUGCUCAAAAUUUUGGGAGCAGAUAAAAUCGUGUUUUAUGAACUGCAAGUACACGAAAAUAUUACACGAAUCUUAGAGAAUUACAAGCACACGAGGAAUGUUGAGCUGAUUAAAACUUCUUUGCCUGGACAUUACGCCAAUAUGCCACAUUUUAUGUCCACCUACUUGAAAAAACACAUCGGAGUUCAGAUGUUUCAAGAACUGAUUCAAUACAAUGAUUGCUUUUAUCGCAACAUGUACAAGUACCGAUAUGUCAUCUUGCUCGACGUUGAUGAGGUGAUAGUACCACGCGGCGACUUGAUAUCGUGGCAGCAGCUUGUUUAUGAUAUAACGUUGCCGAAAGCUGUCGCCAAAGAAAACAUAACCUACGCUUCUUUGAUCGCUCGCAACGUUCACUUCAUGGAUGAGAAAAAGGAGUUGCAAGACUGGUACCCGGAUAUCCCAGAAUACAUGCAUAUGCUUCAGAAUGUCCGGCGGAACAAAGAGCACAGGGCGCCGACAAAUGGCAUUAAAGCAUUCCACAACUCCGAACUAAUACUCUCGUUGCAUAACCAUUAUGCCCGUGCUUGCAUUGGUGACGUAAACCUCUGGUGUCCUGAAUUUGACUUUGAUCUAGAAGAUGCGCAUUUGCAACAUUACUGCUAUGGCAGAGGCAAGUCUGAAUGCACGACCAAGAACGACGAAGACUUGGCCGUGGACACGAACAUUUGGAAAUACAGGACUGAAUUAAUCAGGGAAGUCAACAAGGUUUUAAAAUCAACAGGAUUUUUAAAAAAGCAACGUAAAAACUAGUUUGCUUGAAAAUUCACGCACAUACAUUGCUAUAUUAUCCAAGAUGUUGAAUAUUUUUAUAGCUAAAUUUUCACGACAAGAGACCUAUGUCA